AUGAUAGUUUUUAAAGAUUUAUUAUCAGAAGAUGAAAUGUUUACAGAUGCAUUUAAGUAUAAUUUAAUGGAUGAUUGUAUUUACGAAGUGGAAUGCAGCCACAUAACUCGAAACACACCUGCUGUUGAGUUAGAAGGUUUCAAUCCAGUGGAUGUAGGCGAUGGAAUUCAAGACGAGGUCUCCAGCGAAUCUGGGAUUGACCUUGUUCUUAACCAACGCCUCGUGGAAACACAUUUUGGUUGCAAAAAUGAGUUUCGAGAUUAUUUAAAGCUAUAUUCUAAAGAGCUCGAAAAGAAAUGGAAAGCAUCUGGCGCUCCUAAAGAAGUCGUCGAUCUCUCCAAGCAAAAUUUUAUAAAGGCGGUCAAGUUGUUGGUGCCGAAGUUUGAAGAUUUCCGUUUCUACUUGGGAGAGAGUUGCGAUCCAUUAGGGCACGUCGCUAUGCUGGAAUUCAGGGAGAAGUCUGGAUCUGAAGUACCUGUAAUGCUCUUUAUUAAAGAAGGUCUCUUUAAGGAAAAGCUUUAG